AUGACUUCCAGGUUGGAUCGUCUGUUCGUACUGCUGGAGGCAGGAACUGGGCCGGCAACACGCCGCGCGGCUGCUCGCCAGCUUGGGGAGGUGCAGAAGGCUCACCCCGAGGAGCUGCACAGACUGCUGGCGAGGCUCAUGAAACACCUUCGUUCGCCUGCUUGGGAAACAAGGAUCGCAGCGACGCAGGCUAUCGAGGCGAUACUUACUAAUGUCCCGGAAUGGAGGCCGACCUUCGUCGGAUGCAAAACGGAAGAGCAGAAAGAAGAUGAAGGUGGCACUUUACUAUCAUGUGAGGCGUUUGACAUAGAAAGACUUUUAGAACAUGGCGCUCACCUGAUGGGCUCCGAAGGCCACGAAUACGAGAUAGACGAUGAGCCGCAAAAUGCUGCAGAAAUGCAAGAUCGCUUAGCGAAGCAACGCCAACAACUAAACGCUCGUCUUGGGCUCGACAUGGCAGCGACACUGGGAGUCGAUAUUAACUCGGUUUACACCAAUGAAGACCUGUGCCCGGUCAAAAGUGAAAAAAAAGUAAAUGAAGUUAACCGGAAACCAAUCCAAGAGCUUAUGCCAACCACGAAACCUCUCAGUUCACGCGAGAUAAACGUGGCUAAGCGCAAAGCGCGUGCAGCGUUCAGCAAGCAAAAGUCUCGUGAUUGCAGCGAAAGGGAGGAGGCCUCGACGCCACCGUCCGAGCCAGAAAGAAAGAAGUUGAAGUUGGAAUCCACAGAGGACUAUAUAUUUGAUAGCGGCGCUGGCGUACCCGAAAGAGGCGGCAGCUGGGGUGAUUGUAUUCGGUGGCCAUUAGAAGGGUGGUGCGGUGCCCUCCAAGGGCAGUUGUUCAGUGGAGCGUGGGAAGCACGCCACGGAGCAGCGUCAGCAUUGAGGGAGUUACUCAAGUCACCCAUCGCCGAUUCUGCUUAUGCGGGGAAAUCUCGUUUGCCUGAUACACCUGAACAGUUGAAGGAAUGGCAUGAAGAGUGGUUGGAAGACAUGGCGUUGCGUCUGCUUAGCGUGCUGGCUUUGGAUCGCUUCGGAGACUUUGUCUCUGAUCAGGUGGUAGCACCAGUGAGAGAAACGUGUGCGCAGACAUUGGGAGUGACGCUGGCCCAAAUGCGUGCUUGUCGUGUGAAAGCGGUCGCCGAGAAGGUGGCGGCCCUCGCUAGUCAAAAACAGUGGGAAGCCAGGCAUGGGGCGCUACUGGCUUUUAAAUACCUUCUUGCAGCGAGGCAGGACGUGGCAGUUGAAAGCGGGGCUCUAGAACACUUAAUAUCCGGUCUAGAAGACUCCGCAGAAGACGUAUCUGCUGUCGCUGCUGGGGCAUUGGCUCCAGCUGCACCAGCGCUGGCCAACAGUCGGCCGGAUGCCGUCCCGCGCCUCGCUGCUCGGCUUUGGCAAUUAUUGCACGAGCAGGACGAUUUGGCCUCCCCUGCCAACUGUUAUAUGGCGCUGCUUGCUGCACUUAUGGCGCUGCCCACUGCCGCUACUCUCUUACACCCCAUUGACCUAGUGGACGUCCUACCCCGUUUGUGGCCCUACCUCGACCACUCCACAAGUUCCGUUCGCAAGGCGACUUUACAGACACUCAGAACGCUAACCAAACCUCUAGUCACCACCAACGGUCAUACAAGUGAUAAUAAUGAUAAAGUCAACGGUGAAAGCUCAGUACAUAGCAAUGGGGGUAGCCUAAGUGAUACAGAGUUGAUGUGGACGCCCGAGUUACUACAGGCAACGAUGAGGCAUAUUUAUCAAAGGAUUUUAUUUGAACAUGUGCAUGAAAUACAGGAAAUAGCUAUUCAGGUAUGGGAAAAUCUACUUCGACACGCGUCUCUCGGUGUGAUUCUAGUUGCGGCUUGUCCCAUGCUAGCUACGUGGAUGUGCCUCGCCAUGCAGCCUGCAAAGUUGCCUGUUGAGCCCGAGAUGCUUCUAUAUACACCACCUAAGGAGCGACGACCACGCACCACAUCGCAGUCAUCGCUAGGUGAAAGUGAAGAAAGCGCAGACACUAGGCCCCCACAAAAGUGGCUGUUGGGUGGGAGUGAGACGCAGUCAGGCGCGCUGCGCGAGCGCAACGUUACGCGCGCUAGAGUACUCGCUGCCAAAGUUUUAGGUUAUUUAUCGUGUUAUCUAGUCCAGCCGGCUCCCGGUAUAGAUUAUAAAGUCGAAGAUGAGAGCCCCAUAGAUUGUUACACUAAGGUUAUGGUGGUUUAUCUUCGCGGAGGGAGUGCACUCCAGCGCAUAGUGGCCAGCUUAGUCAUAUCGUCUUGGGCGACACACACUAUCAAAUAUGACCUAUUUCCACCGGAUGUUCGCAAUCAGAUGGAAUCGGAGGAUUCAAACGAAGUUAGUGAUAUAUCAAAGUUAGCACCGCCCUUACUAGUAUCGACUUUGCACACGGCACUAAUUCAAGUCCUCUACUACGACGAAGUUGCUUUAAACUGUAACAGAAUAUUACAAGAGGCUCGUGAUCUGCUCGCUAUGAUGAAGCACUAUAAGAUACCAGUAGGAGAAGAGUUUAACAGUAUACUAAGACUGGAACAGGUAGCACAGAUGACAACGGUGACUGAGCCUUUACUAACCGCGAUGAAAAGCAAGCGAGUGUCGAGCAGCCUCGAGGAACGCCGUUCAGCUCUGCAUGCAGCUGUCACACAAUGCUCAUUGGAUCAAAGCUCCCUCAAUAUCUCAGUACAAGCAGCUAUAAGUGGAGCAGUUGCAACACUACGGGUAUUGCCGGACAAAUUGAACCCCGUAGUGAGGCCACUGAUGGACAGCAUCAAGAGAGAGACGUCCGAGGAUUUGCAAGCUGCGUCUGCGCACACAUUGGCUCAUUUGCUAGCCACACUUCAACCUAGGGAAUCGUGUCCCAAUAACAAAGUGCUGAUCAACUUGAAAGCGUUCUUACGAUGCGAUCCAGAAUACACACCAAAGAUAUCGUUAGAAACGGGAGAGGAGCGAAGCGAACGUACCGCAGACUCGGGGAGCGGAGACAGCGGCGCGGAGAAUAAAUUAGAACCUUUCGCUUGUCAUCUGCCGCCAUUGGACAGACACAUCGGCAUCUUAACCUUACGGGAACAGCAACGCACCGCGGAAACAGUUGUGCCAAGACGCGGUCGACCACCAGCUAACCAUACACCUGGUUUAGAGAUUGGAAUUGAACAGCUUUUUGCUAAUGAAGACCAUGCUCGAAAAAUGUUGCGCAUACAAAGACGAGGCGCGACGAUGGCACUGAUAAGUCUCGCUGAAUUCUUUGGGGACGAACUUCCUGAUAAACUCCCAAAAUUAUGGGAGUUCAUAACUGAACCCUUUGAAAAAGUCCUCAAUGACUCUGACUUGGAGAUGAUAGAAGCAGACAUGGGCGACGAGCUCAUAUCUCGGCUUCAGGUGGUAGAAGCCGUCUGCCCGCACCUCGGUCGCUCCGCCUGGGCGCGGGUAGCAGCCGGCGUCCAGGCGUGCGCUGCUCUUACAAGGGCUCCAUAUACUGCACUGAGGCACAUGGCAGCCAGGGUUUUGGCUGCCAUGGCUCAGAGAGAAGCACAUACUGUCAUGGAUAUGCUAAUACAAGAGCUGAUUGACUCGCUCGGUGAAGGUAGUGAGGUCGUGCGAUGCGGUGCGGCCGAGGCGCUCGCACGCUUAGUAGACGCGUUGCAACUACAAUUGGUGCCAUACAUUGUGCUUCUGCUAGUACCGUUGCUGGGGCGUAUGAGCGACCAUAAUGAAUCGGUCCGAAUAAUGUCGACGCGGUGCUUCGCCACAUUAAUUCAACUGAUGCCAUUGGACGGGGCGGUGCCCGAGCCUCCGAACCUGUCACCGGAGCUACGCGAGCGCCGACAAAGGGACCGUACCUUUAUUGAUCAGCUGUUUAACCCGAAGUCCAUAAAAGAUUAUAAGAUACCAAUACCAGUGUCGGCCGAGCUCCGGAGCUAUCAACAGGCGGGAGUAAAUUGGCUUCGUUUCCUCUAUGAAUACAAACUACACGGAGUUCUCUGCGAUGAUAUGGGGUUAGGGAAGACCUUGCAAUCCAUCGUGGUGGUGGCUGGAUCUCAUUAUGAGCGCGAACAGGCCGGUGCACCCACGUUGCCAUCGCUCGUUGUCUGUCCGCCCACUCUUACAGGUCACUGGGUAUUCGAAGUGAACAAGUUCAUAUCGACUAAAUAUCUAAAGCCCCUCCAGUACGUGGGCCCCCCCUUGGAACGUGAACGUCUACGUGCUCACGUUUGUCGCUACAAUCUUAUCGUAGCCUCGUACGAUAUCGUUCGAAAGGAUAUUGAUUUCUUCAGCUCCAUUAAGUGGAACUACUGCGUACUAGAUGAAGGGCACGUUAUAAAGAAUGGGAAAACGAAGGCAUUCAAAGCUAUUAAGCUGCUUGAAGCUAAUCAUAGGCUGAUACUGUCGGGAACACCUAUACAAAACAACGUCUUAGAACUGUGGUCGUUGUUCGAUUUUCUCAUGCCGGGGCUGUUAGGCACAUCUCGCCAGUUCACGGCACGUUACUCGCGACCUAUUCUUCUAUCGCGGGAUCCCAAAGCUGCGCCGCAUCAUCUCCAAGCCGGUGCGCUCGCUUGCGAACAGCUGCACAGACAGGUACUACCAUUCUUACUUCGGCGCGUCAAAGAAGAUGUAUUACGAGAACUUCCACCUAAGAUCACGCAGGACUACUACUGUGAUCUUAGUCCGUUACAGCGCUCGCUCUACGAACACUUCUCCAAACGACACAUGACGCCCGAAAUGACGCAUUCGAGGACACACGUUUUCAAGGCUCUCCACUAUCUGCAGAAUGUAUGCAACCAUCCCAAGCUGGUGUUGACCCCGGAUCAUCCCGAAUGGGCCCGCGUGCAGAAGCAGUUGCUUGCGCAACGAUCUAGCAUCAGUGACAUUGCGCAUAGCGCGAAGCUACCUGCUCUUAAACAAUUAUUGUUAGACUGCGGUAUCGGUGUUUCGAACGCCGAGGGAGAAGAGUCUUCAUCGGAUAGUGGCGUCGGGUCAGUCGUCUCGCAGCACCGCGCGUUGGUGUUCUGCCAGCUUAAGGGAAUGUUGGAUAUUGUGGAGCGGGACCUUCUGCGAGUGCAUUUCCCCAACGUGACGUACUUGCGGCUGGACGGCACCGUGCCACCGCAUCUCAGGCACGAUAUCGUGACGCGGUUCAAUACGGACGUGUCUAUAGACCUGCUGUUGCUUACCACCAGUGUCGGAGGUCUCGGUUUGAAUUUAACUGGCGCGGAUACAGUAAUCUUCGUGGAGCAUGACUGGAACCCUAUGAAGGACCUGCAAGCGAUGGACCGAGCUCAUCGUAUCGGGCAGAAGAAUGUGGUCAACGUGUACCGAUUAGUCACUAGGGACACGCUGGAAGAAAAGAUUAUGGGUUUACAAAAGUUCAAGCUCAAGACAGCGAACACAGUGAUAAGCAGCGAAAAUGCCGCGAUGGAAACGAUGGGAACGGACCAAUUGUUGGAUCUCUUCCAGUUGUCAAACACGACCUCCAAGCCCGCUCUUCCUACCACCAGCGCCGGUAGCAGCAAGUCUGUGCUUGAGACAUUACCAGAACUCUGGGACGACAAACAGUAUGAAGAAGAAUAUGACAUGAGUAACUUUAUUAAGAGCCUCAAUAAGUUUAAGGAAUAG